CUCAUAAAGACCAUUGUCACCUCACCCCCCCACCACCCCCUGCUCUGCUUUCUUCAUCUUUUAAACACCAACCACCGAUAUUCGUUCUUUCAGCACUCCAUUUCACAAAUUCAGUUUGAACCAGCAACAUAAAGUUUGCCUCCAUCAUCCAACUUAACGGCAGCAUGUUUCAGCUGAGUACUGUCCUCUGGACAGGCCUCAUUCUGUCCCUCCUUCAGCAUUCCCAUCAGUCAUGCAUAGAAGGGACACCCAGACAGUGUGCAGAUGCAGAAUUUGCUCCAGGUACCAACUUGGCCGGGGAAGGCUUCGACAUCACCAAAAUGGAGCGCAAAGGCGCCUUUGUGCUCAACAUGGACCAGUGGAAACGCAAAGAUAAAACCUGCACCCUGUGCAGCAACCCCUAUCUGGAGAGGAAACAGCAAAAGAUGCCACUGUCAGUGGUGGACUGGAGGGCAAAACAGUCCUGCAGCAUGAAAGUGUCCACCAAACUACACAAAUCCAGCGAGUCUCUCGUAACAUCCAGCUCCUCCUCUGUUGAAAACAACUGGCAGGUCAAUCUAGAUGUUGAUGUAGGUGAAAAAAGCGCCUCAGUGAUGCUGGCUGGUUCUCAGUCUAAAGUGGCUGAUUACGCCAUGGAGAAAACAAAGAAUGACAAGUUCAGCUUUGCAACCCACAGCAUGUCCUGUGAGUACUACAGCUACAGAGUUUCCAGCACUCCCAAGCUGCACAGAGAAUUUAACAGAGCAGUGAAACAACUUCCCAAAAUCUACAACGCUCAAUACAAACAGCGAUUUUACAAACUGAUCGACAACUUUGGCACCCAUUACAUCACCAAGGUAAAGCUGGGGGGAAGUGUUGAAUCUGUGACCAGCAUCAGGCAGUGUCAGGCCAGUCUGCAGGGCGUCAGCGUGGAGGAAGUGGAGAUGUGUCUGGAAGCUGAGGCAUCCGCAAGCAUCAAAGUUUCUGUGAAAGCUGAAACAAAACACUGCAACAAAGAUUCGAGUAAGAUGGACAAUAGCAAGACUUUCUCUGACCUCUUCAACGACAGGUUCACAGAAAUAAAGGGAGGCCACACCACGGAGCCGGACCUUCUCUUCUCUGCCGACAAGAAUCCGUCGGCCUACAAGGAAUGGUUGGAGUCACUACCACAGAAUCCAGACAUAGUGUCGUAUUCUCUGGAGUCGCUUCACGAGUUACUGCCUACUAACACACCGGUCCGCAAAAACCUGCGCUCUGCCAUCAGUCACUACAUCCUGGAGAAAGGCCUGAUGAGGAACUGCAGUGAGCAUUGUCAGGCUGGUAGAAAGAGCGACUCCAGGGAUCCCUGCGUCUGCCAGUGUCACAAUGACCCUGCUGUGACCCCAGACUGCUGUCCGACCCGUAAGGGCAUGGCUCGGGUCACCAUAACAGUCAAACAGGCCUCCGAUCUGUGGGGCGACCACACCACGGCCACGGACGGAUACGUGAAGGUGUUCUACGGCGGACAGGAUUAUCGUACUAAUGUCAUCUACAACAACAACAACCCACACUGGAACAUGGUUGUGGAUUUGGGAACACAGGAUCUGUCGAUGGCAAAUAAAGUGAGAUUUGAAGUCUGGGAUGAAGACAACAAAUGGGAUGACGACUUGUUGGGGGAAUGCGAGCAAGUUCUGACUGCAGGAGUCAAGGAGGAUGUGUGUGUUCUCCAGCACGGCCGGCUGUACUUCAAAUGGGAGGUGAAAUGUGCUCCGAGCCUGGGCGGAAACUUGUGUAUGGACUACAAACCUACACCUAUGAGUCCCAGUCUGAAGAAGCUGUAUGUGUCCCGUCAUGCCCAUCCUAUUCCAAAGGCCAUCCUAUUAGAGAUGGGCGUGUUCGUGGACGAAUCAAGUUCAUGGAAAAACCAGAGUCUGACUGCUGAGAGUCAAAAGUAUGAUGUGAUAUAGCGCCAAAAUCUGGCUUUACUGAAGCUUACAGCGCAACAUCACUCAUUUAAUUAGAUUUAUUGAUGAUAAUAAUUUAAUCAAAAGGCUUUAUCAAUGAAGAAAAAUGUUAUGACAGAUUCCAAAAGAUAAGAGACAAAACUGCAACUCAGCUGCAGAAAAUGUUCAAAUUAUGUGAUGUUUAGUUUAUGUUUCAGCAUAAUCUCUUUCAACCACUUCACUUAUAAAUGCAAAUGUACAGUUUCUAUGUGCUGUAUAGACAGCAAUACUUUGAGCCAGUUUGAAAUCUUUUGCUCUUUUUCAGGACAGCAAAUCACAUCUAGCAGAUAUAUUAGCUAUAUUAGCAGCUAUAUUUAUUACUCAAUAAUUGCAUUGCAGAGUUAAUAUAUAUUGCAUUCACUUUGAAGCGUUUCUGUGUUUAUAAAACAUUUACAACAUAUAUCAGUGUGUUUUAUGUAUUUUAAUCUCAGUAUUAUUGGUGAUUUUUCUAUACAUGUUUUCUAAACUCCAGAAUAAACUUGUAAUAUUGUAACUGUUUGAUGCUGUAUCUUGGUCCUUUUAGUUUUGAUUGGUGUGUUUGUGCUCCGUUUGUCUGAGGUAAUGCCGCCUGACAUGGGAGGGGAAGUGGUGAAGCUUCCUGUGCACGGAUGAGGUUUCAUUUGGUCUAUUAAAGAGA